AUGUAUAAAAUAAUAAAUAGUUAUUUUAUGUUAAAUUUGAAAAGAAAUUAUCGUCAUUAUUCAAGAAAAAAAAAUAUAAAUAAUAUAAACAGGAAAAUAAAUGACCCUUAUAGUGAUUUAUACAAAAUGAACUUUUACUGUAACAACUUUAAAAGAUUACCAAAUAAAAAAACAAAAUCAAAAGAAUAUGAAAUAAUUAAAACAUCAAAUAAUUCAUAUUCAUAUUCUUCUCCUUAUCCUCCUCAUAUUAAUUACACACUAGAUCCUUAUCCAGAAAGUGCUAAAAAUUUUUACUAUCAAAAUAGAAAAUACUUAAUGAAAUAUAAAAAUGUAGAAUAUAUUCCCAUACAAAGGUUAACAUAUAAAAAUGCAUCAAAAAAAACAAAUUGGGCUACUUAUUACUUAAGAAUAGAAAAAUAA